AGAGCCCAGCCCCAGCUGAGCACAGGCACCUUUCAGGAGCUGUGCAGAGUGAGGAGGGCAGCCCUGAGUCUCCUUUUCUCCAGGGGAGCACCCCCAGCUCCCUCUGGUUCCUCUCAGGGUUUGUGUUCCCAGCCCCUCUCCAGCCUCGCUGCCUCCUCUGGAUGAGCUCCAGCCCCUCAAUGUCCUUCCCAAACUGAGGGGACAGAAAUGGACAGAGCACUCAAUAAAAGACCUAAAAUAUUUACCGUGGCUUUGUCUCAGUUUAGAGAAAAGGACUUACAAUGGGAAAAAGAGUUAUAGCAGGGAGGAAAAUACAUAUAUUGGUAAUGGCAAAAUAACAGAUGGAAUUGAUGAGUUUCUUCUCCCCCCAGUGAGAAGGAAUUCGGUAGCAUUUAAAUGUUUGAAUCAUUGAAAUGACAAAGUCAUAAUUUUGGAAAAGCCCUCUGAAAUCAUCAAGUCCAGCUGCUCCCCAGCACUGCCAGGCUCACCACCAAACCCUGUCCCCACGUGCCACAACCAUAGAGCUUUAAAUCACCCCAGGGAUGGGAAUUCCUCCUGACCCAAAACUCCAUCCUGUUCUGUGGAGCAGAUAUCAGUGAUAUGAGUGAUAAUUGAUUAUUUACAGCUAUUAAUGUGCACUUGAUAAUGUCUAAAUGCAGUUCAUAUCUUGUCCACAUUGAAUUACACCCACUUUCACCAAUUUGGGAGGAGCUUUAAUUGUGUCCUGAGCCCCAAAGCACUCGCCCCUCCAAGCUUGUGUCACCUGCACAUUAAUAACUUGGAUGACAGGUUGUUAAUGAGGGUGAGUCAUUAGCCUUCUCCUCAUCCUUCCUGUAACUCCAUCACAUACAGCCCCACUUUCUGCAGGAUCUUCCCUGGGUUGGAUUCUGUUCCCUGUCCUGUUUGUGAGCCUGCAGUACCAUCACAGCGUCAUGGAAUGGGCUGGGCUGGAAGGAACCUUAAAGAUCACCUCGUUCCAACCACCUGCCAUGGGCAGGGACACAUCCACGAGCCCCAUCCAGCCCUGAACACUUCCAGGGAUGGGGCAUCCACAGCUUCUCUGGGCAGUGCAGAAGUUAUCCAACCCUAUGGAUCUCAGCUCAAAGCUCUCAGCACAAUGUUAGGAAGCUGGUUUUGCUCUGGUACCGGUACCAGCCCUGCUGGCACUUGGGAGGCAGCAGUUAUAAAAGAAACCCACAGGGAGAGCACCCAGGGGACGGGGAACAGACAGACCCAGCUCUUGGCAGGACUCUGAGAUGCCCAGGGAUUUGAGGAAAAUGAAUUUUUACUUCUAAAUGGAGAAAAAAGUUAUUAGAGUAUUUACUGGUCUCAUCAGCUCCUGUGAGAUGGUGCCAAGGCUGGUGUGCUGAUGCCUGGCUGUGCCCAUCCACCACCCAAAGAUGAUGGCCAGUGGGAUGUCAGUUUUCCUGUUCCUCCUCUGGACAACAAACACACCUCAAGGUGCAGGAGUCCAGGUUUUGCCACCUGUUAACUUCACCCUCACAGUCUCUGCAUUAGGACAAGUGCUGUUACACUGGGAGCCAAACCCUGCUCAGGAACAAAACAACUCCACCAUCAGAUACGAUGUGAAAAUCCUGAGCCCUGAGCCAGAAGAGUAUGACACCAGGAGGACUCACAGUGUGCGAACAGCGGCGCUUCACAACGGCUUCUCCGCCCGCGUGCGCACCUUGCUCCUCCAGCAGGACCUCCAGAUGAGCAGUGACUGGGUGGAGGGAAACCUCCCACCUCUGCCAGGUGCUGCAGAGACCUCUGUCACCAACCUGUCCUGUGUCACCCACGUCACCAUCUCUGGCAAUGUCUCCCUCCAUUGCACUUGGCUCCCUGGCCAAGGGGCUCCAGAAGACACCAAAUACUUCCUCUUUUACAGGUAUGAGACACACACAGAGGAAUGUCCCACUUACACCAAGGACAAGUGGAGCAGGAAUACCGAGUGCAGGUUUUCAAGUACUCAGAUUAAACCUGGUGAGAUUGACAACCUCAUUGUCAUUCACAUCAAUGGCUCCAGCAAACGUGCUGCAAUCAAGCCUUUUCAGCAGUUAUUUAACCAAAACGCCAUCGAGAAAGUGAAUAUUCCCAGAAACAUCAGCAUAUCCCUGGAGCAAAACGACCUCCUGGCCAUGUGGGAGAAGCCAAUUUCUCCUUUCCACGAGGAAUGUUUUGAAUAUGAAUUUUAUCUCAUCAACCUGAAGUCAGGCAACAAGCAGAUCCUGAAGAUCUCCUCCAACAGUUUCCAGCUGCGGGUGGAUGCCAGCAGCAGAUAUUCCAUCAGGAUCAGGGCCAAGCACAACCACCUCUGCCGUGCCUCAGGGGCCUGGAGUGACUGGAGUGAAACCAUCUAUGUUGGGCAAAACAAACUGGAGAAUUCCACAGCCUGGAUUCUCACUCUGCUCUGUGUGACCACGUCCUGCACAUUGCUGCUUGUUGCUAUAAUAUGCCAAAUAAACCACGUUUGGAGUAAACUGUUCCCACCAAUCCCAACACCCAGCAACAAAUUCCGAGACCCUUUCCCAGUUGACUAUGAGAGAGCACGGACCUGCCCCAGCUCCACGGAGACCGAGGUGGGCAGCCUGGCUGAAGGCCUCUCCUGCAGCGUCCUCGACGACUCCGUGUUCUGAGAGGCUCCACAACAUCACCCACCAGUGCUGGAGAGGGCUCUGUGUCACCUCUCUGUGUCCCUGUUCCCAGUGGGGAUGAGAACUUGCCUCCACCAGGUGCCCUCUUACCAAACAAAGUUCCAGCUCAAGCAGGAUUGAAGCUCAUGGCACAAGAGCUGUGUAGGGGAAAAAAAAAAAAAAAAAAAGCUUGGAAAAGAGCCUCUAAGACAGCUGGUUAUUUAAAUCUAGCUCUGUAUGGAUUUCUAGAGGAGUUUAUUUCCUCUACACCCUGAAAGAGUCAGGGACAAAGACACGGAGAGGUGUAGGGCCCUCAGAAUUAUAUACUGCUACAAAUGGGAGGAGCUAACAACAACAACCAAUCACCUGAAGGUGUGGGUAAGAAAAUUAUUACAGUGACCAAUAGGAAAACAGAUGGGUAAAUAAACAGGUGUAUGGACCAAUGAGAGUACAAAGAACAAAGAAACUGCUAGAACUGUGACCAUAUAUGGUUAAUGGGGUUGAACAGCCAAUGGGUCAACAGGGGGCGUGGCUCUGGGGUUGAUUGACAGCAUGUCAGAGGAGUCCAUGGCGGAGGCUGAAGUCCCCUGGCAGGCCUACAGGCCUCCCAGAAGUGCAGCGUUGCUCCUUGGGAAUGCAGAGAGCAGCGUUCAGCUCCUGCCCUGAAAGGAUUGGAAAUGUUGCUUGGUGGAUUUAGUGGUUUCAAGCCAUGGUCCCAAAAUCCUCAAGAAUCCCCAGGAUAAGCAGAGGCAGUGCCUGGAAGGGCUUUGCUCCAGCCACGGGGUCAGAGAUGCUCCAUCCCCAUGAGCUUGGACAGCUCACAGCUCUACAAAACAAACCCAAAAGUUGCCUGCUCGUGUUUUUUGGUCAGUUUUGGGAGCAGAAUUAGACCAGAGGCAUAUAAAUAGAUUUUUUUUUCUGCCUUCACAAAGUUUUGAUUAAAACCAACUCUUGUAUCUUCACAUCAGUAACAGUCUCAGCAGGCUCUGAGGGGAAAUGUCUCCACUGGGCAGAAACAAAAAGCAGAGGAAAAAGGCUCCUGGAAGACAGGUAUCUUUACAAAUGACAGAAUAUUUAUUACCAAUACCUUUAAAAAAAGAUUACAUCUGCUAGAUCACUGAUAAAUAUCAUUUACACUGGGGAGAAAACUACAGAAGCUUUUUUUUUUUAUUUCUUUUUUUUGUUUGUUUUGUGGAUUUUUUUUUUUAAGAUUUUACUUAUUUUAUUUUUUUUACAUAGAAGUAACCAUAUCAAACUAAGAAA